AUGGGGUUUGGUGACAGAUGGAUAAGAUGGAUCAGGUACAGCCUUACUACUGUUAAGUAUUCCAUCUUGGUGAAUAGAGCUCCAGUUGGUUUUUUUUCACCACAGAAAGGAAUUAGACAAGGAGAUCCACUUUCUCCUUUUCUUUUUAUCCUUGCAAUGGAGGGUUUGAGCAGAAUGCUUGAUAAGGCAAAACAAAUGCAGUGGAUUGAAGGGUUCAGGGUGGGAAACAACAUAAUUGACCCAGUUGCAGUGUCACAUUUACUCUAUGCAGAUGAUACUUUAAUCUUCUGUGGGGUGGAGAAGCUUCAGGUCCAGUACCUAAAUUUGACUUUACUGAUUUUUGAAGCUAUCUCAGGAUUACACAUUAAUAUGCAAAAAAGUAUGAUUUACCCUGUGAAUACAGUGCCUAACUUGGAAGAGUUGGCUAGUAUUAUGAGUUGUGUAAUUGGCUCCUUUCCAACAACAUAUCUAGGCCUUCCACUGGGAGCAAAAUACAAAGCAAUAGGG